GGACAGAGAAGCGAGCGGUCCCGCCCAGGAAUUCGGCUGACGUCACGAAAGGACAAAUCGACUCAUCGCGAGGUCAUCCAGCCUCUACGAGCAGCCGGCUGCGGUAAAGCGGAGGCGCCAUCUUAAGACUCUGAAACUCCGCCGCCAUGUACCCGACUUCUCUGACGCAGCUGGCGAGGGCCAACCCGUUCAGCGCCCCCCUCUUCUCCCUCCAGAAGGUGGAAGAGCCCCAACAGAGCCUCGGCGGACAAAGGCCUCGCAGACUGGCGGCGGCCGCGACAUCAGACGAGGGAGACAGUUGCGAGUUCGGCUCUCAGAAGUAUUUAGUCCUGUGUGGUUUUGGUGGGAUUCUGAGCUGUGGCACCACCCACACGGCCGUCGUGCCCCUCGACCUGGUCAAAUGCAGAAUGCAGGUGAAUCCCGAUAAAUACAAGAGCAUUGGCAAUGGCUUUGCAGUGACCGUCAGGGAGGAUGGCAUGAGAGGCCUGGCCAAGGGCUGGGCCCCUACCUUCAUCGGCUACUCCAUGCAGGGCCUGUGCAAGUUCGGCUUCUACGAGGUCUUCAAGAUCUUCUACAGCGACCUGUUGGGAGAGGAAAACACCUACCUCUGGAGGACAUCACUGUACCUGGCCGCCUCAGCCAGCGCAGAGUUCUUUGCCGACAUCGCUCUGGCUCCCAUGGAGGCUGUGAAGGUCCGUAUCCAGACCCAGCCCGGCUACGCCAACACCCUCAGACAGGCCGUCCCUAAGAUGUUUGCAGAGGAAGGACUCUGGGCGUUCUAUAAGGGCGUGGUGCCCCUGUGGAUGAGGCAGAUCCCCUACACCAUGAUGAAGUUCGCCUGCUUCGAGCGCACCGUAGAGCUGCUGUACAAGUAUGUUGUCCCUAAGCCCCGCAGUGAGUGCAGCAAACCCGAGCAGCUCGUUGUCACCUUCGUGGCCGGUUACAUCGCUGGUGUGUUUUGUGCCAUCGUGUCACAUCCUGCUGACUCCGUGGUGUCCGUGCUGAACAAGGAGAAGGGCAGCACAGCCGCCCAGGUCCUCAAGAAGCUGGGACCCAAAGGUGUAUGGAAAGGUCUGGUUGCCCGUAUCAUCAUGAUUGGUACUCUGACCGCCCUGCAGUGGUUCAUCUACGACUCUGUGAAGGUGUACUUCCGCCUGCCCCGCCCCCCUCCCCCAGAGAUGCCAGAGUCCCUGAAGAAGAAGCUCGGCCUCACAGAGUGACACUCCCCUCCCAUCACCACCUCAGAGUCCUGCAGUCCCCAACUGAAAUUUCCAAAACGCACUCUGCAGUUUAUUCUGUCCUCGGCCCACGCUGAACAGGGGGCUGCUCCUUUUCUCACUGAACAACCCGGAAAAGAAGAGAAGGCGGCUGCUUCUUGCUCAUUAUGUUUUGACAGUAAAUAUUCAGCUAUAGAAACACCUGUAUGGUUUUAUUGACCCCUGUCUUAGAAUAAAUAUGUGGAAAUUCUAAUAAAAUUUCCUUGGAAAACGGUAA